UGAUAAUUGAAUUGUAAAUAGCGCCCUUAUAAACUCAAUUCUCUUUCCCUUCUCUCCCGCUCUCGCUCUGCCAACAUAUAUCUUAUCUUCGAAUCAAUGAAGGAAGCUGAAGAACUAGUAGGAAAUACAGUUGAAACUCAAUUAGAUGGUGGAGGAGGCUCCUCAAAGAUUAUACAGUACAAGUGGUGGAUACAAAUAACAAUCUUCACUGUGUUUACACUCUCCGGCCAAUCAGUCGGAGCAAUGUUAGGAAGACUUUACUUUACCAAAGGUGGAAACAGUAAAUGGAUGACAACACUUGUUCAAACUGUUGGAUUUCCACUAAUCAUCCCAUUCAUCUUCCUUUUUUCACCUUCAAAAAAUUCAUCGGAGGUCACCAACAAACCCUCUUGGAGCACCCUUGUGAUUCUUUAUACAACUCUCGGCACAUUCGUGGCUGCAGACUGUAUGUUGUAUACUUUUGGACUCAAGUUUCUGCCAGUUUCAACGUACUCAUUGAUAUGUGCGAGCCAACUUGCCUUCAAUGCCUUGUUUUCAUACUUCCUUAAUGGUCAAAAGUUCACUCCUUUCAUAGCUAAUUCGCUUGUUUUGCUUAGUUUUUCGUCUACGCUACUUGUGUUUCAAAGUAAUUAUGAGGAGACUGGGAAAAUAUCAAGAAACAAAUACAUUGUUGGUUUUGUAUGCACAGUCGCUGCUUCUGCAGGGUAUGCAUUAAUGCUUUCUUUAACACAACUUGCAUUUCAAAAGAUUUUGAAAUCUACAAGUUACAAGGUGGUAUUUGAUAUGGCGGUGUACCAAAACAUGAUAGCCACUAUUGGAAUUCUCAUGGGGCUAUUUGCUAGCGGUGAAUGGAAAAAGAUAAAGGAAGAAAUGAUGGGUUUUGAAUCUGGAAGGGUUUCAUACAUAAUGAAUCUUGUAGGGACAACUAUCUCAUGGCAAGUUUUCUCGAUUGGUUGUGUGGGUUUGAUCUUUAAAGUUUCAUCUCUUUUCUCGAAUGUUAUUAGCACUUUUGGUAUCCCAAUUGUGCCAGUUUUGGCAGUAAUGUUUUUCGAUGAAAAGAUGAAUGGGGUGAAGAUGAUUUCCAUGUUGUUAGCAAUAUGGGGGUUUCUCUCUUAUAUCUAUCAACAUUAUCUUGAUGACUUGAAAGAAAAGAAAAGUGUUAAACUUGUAAAUCAUGAUCUUGAAGUUAAUCUUACGGAAAGAAGCAUGAUUAUUCAGUAAAUGGAAUUGUUAGACUUUAUAUUACUUAGAUUUCCAUAAAAUGACAAGACAAGCUAUCAAGCAAAGUAUGUGUAUAAACAAUGCAAAUUUAUUUUUUAUAGGUGAUAUAUAUAUAUAUGAGACCUUAAUAUGUG